CCAGCUUCGACCAACACGGGCCUGUAUGGCGACGAUGGCCCCUCGUCAUGGCCUGAUACUCUUUGCGCUCGUGUUUGUAUGCUUGUUCGGCUUCGCCGGCGCCAUGAACCCCACCCCCGAGCACGAUAACGGCCACGGGGAGAUCCAGAUCACCGAGCACGAGAUCGACGCCUACGUCGAGGGCAACACCGUGGACAUCGACAGCGCGCACCGAAAGGGGCUCCCGCACCGCGGCGUGUGGGCCGUGGUCAUUGACGGCAAGAAGCGCGUCGUAUUGAUCAGACGCGGCAAGGACACGGUGACCUGCCCGGGGACGUGGAGCAUCGUGGGCGAGCACAACGACCCUGGGGAGUCCUACUUUGAAGCGCUGCGAAGGGGCGUCGAGGAGGAGCUCGGCCUGACCUGGGCGACGGACGUGGAGGCGCACUGGGAGCUGGACCCGAGCGCCAGUCUUCUGAACAUCACGUACUGGGACAAGUUCAGGGAGGAGGUGCAGAGGAGGGACCUGCAGUGGACCAUGCCGUACGUCGUCGCGCUGAAGAAAGGCGCCGAGAUAAACGUGGACCACAAGGAGGUGGACGACGUGCUCCUCAUGCCGUUCGACGCGUUCAUGCCGUGGUGGGGUCAACACGGUCACGAGAUUUGUCGCACCGCCACCGCACACGUCGCCAAGUUCGGGGGCGUGAAGACCAGGCCCGACACUCCAGACUCUUUCGCGGUGGGUUCCAUCGGAGACUUCACCGGCAGGCAGGUGCUACGCGCGUUCAACGCGUACAAAGACGGGAUGAAGCAGAGGCGUCAGGAGAAGAAGGAGAAGAAGGAGGCGGCAAAGCACGGGCAUGAGCUGCGGAUAAGCACUCUCGCUCGCGCCGCCUUGUCCGGUCGCUCGAGGCGUAUCGCGAUGUUAGCGACGGUCUUGCGAUCAUCUGUUAGUCCGACGGUCGCACCACGCGCGUGCCGCGGGAAUGUGGACCGACCGACCCCUGUGAGGGCGCUCACCAUACGCGGUCGAUGCCCCGUGGGCCCAGCCGCGUCCGGACGCGACGACGCGGGCGAGACGUCGCGGCUGGGAAGGAGGCAAUCCGCGAUGGCCAUCGCAACGGUCCUGUCCGGCAUCGAUGCAUCCAGUGAUUUCGUCCGCGCGGACCCGGGUGCGGGGCAGGGCAUUCCGGCGGUCACACACACCGUGUUCUUGGACGUUGGGCUUUGCGAUUCCAUCGUCCGGGCCGAUCGUGCCCUCGGCAACAAGGGAGGCGUGUGCACCUCGCCGGAGACUUUGGGGCGGAUCACCAUCGGUCUGUACGGCAACCUAGUACCCAACAUCGUGCGUAACUUCGUGUCGUUGUGCGAGGCAUCCCCGGGAGAGGGCUACGCCGGCACGGUUUUUCACAGGGUGAAGCCCGGCGAAUACGUGCUCGCAGGGCAGGCGGGGAGCUACAGGCUGGGACAGGUCCAGACGCCCGGGUUCGAUUCGAACCCGGAGAUGCUCUCGUCCGCGUCGUUCAGGGAGAGGCACCUGAGCCCCGGGACGGUGUCCCUCGCGGUGGGGGCGGCGACGGGGGAAGGGGACGGCAACGGAGGGUACAGCCCGGCGAGGUCCGCCGGGACUGAGUUUCUCAUCACGACGGGACCGGCUCCGGCUCCUUCGCUGGACGGUGAGAACGUGGUGUUCGGGAGGGUGCUCAAGGGUAUGGACGUGGUGACGAGGAUCGCGGCGGUUCCAACGUUCAGACCCAGCGGCAACAGCAUCGCGUGGAACCAGGUUGCCGAGUGGCUACGGGACGAGAGAGCCGCAAAAGCGCGAGAGAGCUGGAGCAAACCAACACAAGCCAUCGUCAUCACCGACGCCGGGGUCCUCACGCGACCGGAUCCCGUGACGUGAGGCUAGCACUAGAUUAGAGCGAAAUUCAUAACCCUUACACUU